AUGGGCUUGUUCUGGAUUAUUUUUCUGGGGUUACUUCAUUUGGGAUUUUCGUCGAACGAGUUAAGUGCAAAUGCUUCUUCAUCCAAAAGACCAAAAGUUGUGAAUGUUGGAGCCAUUAUCACACUUGAUUCCACCAUCGGCCGAGUUGCCAAGAUUGCCAUUGAAGAAGCUGUGAAAGAUGUCAACUCCAACUCCAGCAUCCUCAAAGGAACAAAACUUCAUGUGGAUAUCAGAAAUACCAACUGCAGUGGAUUUCUUGGCCUGGUUGAAGCUUUACAAUACAUGGAGACAGACGUGGUGGCUGUCAUCGGGCCGCAAUCCUCCGUGGUGGCCCACACGAUACUCCACGUUGCGAACGAGCUCCAGACACCCUUCCUCUCGUUUGCAGCCACUGACCCGACCCUCUCAUCUCUCCAGUUCCCCUACUUCAUCCGGACCACACAAAGCGACCUCCACCAAAUGACUGCAAUUGCCGACAUCAUCGACCACUUUGGGUGGAAGGACGUAAUCGUCAUUUUCAUCGAUGAUGAUUAUGGCCGGAACGGCCUGUCCUCGCUGGAUGAUGCCCUGGCCGUCAGGCGUUGUCGGGUUUCCUACAAGGCUGGGAUACCGCCUGGUGAUGUCAGCAGGAGCACCAUCAUGGACAUCCUCGUGAAAGUUGCCUUAAUGGAGUCCCGUAUUAUCAAGCUGAACAGUGUUGUUUGGCCAGGCGAUUCGGUGCGGACCCCACGUGGAUGGGUUUUCCCGAACAAUGGGAGGCAGCUGAGGAUUGGGGUCCCGCGUAGGGUGGGCUUUCGGGAGUUCGUAUCACAGGUGCCGGGCAGUAAUUCCUCGAAGGGGUUCUGCAUUGAUGUUUUCACAGCCGCUGUGUAUUUGCUGCCUUAUGCUGUUCCAUAUCAGUUUAUUCCGUAUGGUAAUGGGAAAGACAAUCCGGAUUAUAAUGAGAUGGUGAAGUUGAUCACUACCGGAUACUUUGAUGGUGUGGUGGGGGAUAUUGCCAUCGUCACAAAUCGAACGAGGAUCGUGGAUUUUACGCAGCCAUAUGCUGCUUCUGGACUUGUGGUGGUUGCCCCAUUCAGGAAGUUGAACACGGGUGCUUGGGCUUUUCUAAGGCCGUUUUCUCGCCAAAUGUGGGGAGUCACUGCUGCCUUUUUUGUUUUUAUUGGUAUUGUUGUCUGGAUUUUGGAGCAUCGGAUUAAUGAUGAGUUUCGUGGGUCACCAAAACAGCAGCUAAUUACUAUUCUAUGGUUCAGCCUUUCGACUUUAUUCUUCGCUCAUCGAGAGACUACUGUGAGCACACUCGGGCGUCUUGUGCUCAUUAUAUGGCUCUUUGUGGUCCUCAUUAUCAACUCGAGCUACACUGCAAGCCUGACCUCCAUCCUCACUGUACAACAACUUUAUUCCCCCAUAAAAGGGAUCGAGUCCUUGAAGAGAGGAGAUGACCCUAUUGGGUUUCAAGUGGGCUCCUUUGCCGAGCAUUAUCUGACAGAGGGUAUUGGCAUACCAAAAUCGAGACUGAAAGCUCUUGGGUCGCCCGAGGAGUAUGCUAGGGCACUUCAGUUGGGCCCCAAAAAGGGAGGUGUUGCGGCCGUGGUUGAUGAACGGCCGUAUGUCGAGCUUUUCUUGGCAAGCCAGUGCAAGUUCAGGAUUAUUGGACAGGAGUUCACAAAAAGUGGAUGGGGUUUUGCAUUUCCCCGGGACUCUCCCCUGGCCAUCGACCUAUCGACCGCAAUACUAACCCUAUCAGAAAACGGUGACCUCCAAAGGAUUCACGACAAGUGGCUCACGAUGAGCUCUUGCAGUUCGGACAACACCGAGCUCGAGUCGGACCGUCUUCACCUCAAGAGCUUCUGGGGCCUCUACCUCCUUUGCGGCCUGGCCUGUGUUGUAGCCCUUUUCAUAUACUUUCUGCAAAUUGUCCGGAAAUUUCGUGAGGCCGCGUCGGGAGAGUGCGUUUCAAGCGGGCCCUCCGGCAGCUCACGCUCCAAACGACUCCAGACAUUGAUCUCGUUGAUUGAUGAGAAGGAGGAUCUGUCGAGGAGGGAGCGGAAGAGGAGGAAGCUUGAGGAGAAGAUGUUAACCGAAAACGGGAGAGGAGAAGAUGACGUGGAGAGGGCUUCCAAGAGGAAGCAUUUCAAGGAGUCGGGCUUCGGGGAAUGA